AAGUUUGGACGUUUUUUAAAAAAAAAUAAUAAUAUUUGAAUUGAAAUAAAAUUCUACAAUGUGUGGAUGUGACUGUCAUAUUCUCAUUACAGCAGAACACAAUAGAUUAAGUUCAUACUUUUUAUUUGUAAGUAUGUACAUUCACUUAAGGUCAAAGUAAAUCAAUGUGUGAAUCAAAUCUAUACGAUCAGCGUGUCGUGAUCCUUGAAUCUGUUGCACCACCACAAACCAAAAACAAAUCUUCUGUGACCUUUUCAAGUAACCUGAGGUCUACCUCACGUUUCUCUUCUUCUUGCAUGGGGAGGAUGAGUAACAGGCCACUCAUUGAGUUGCAACAUGUAACUUGAUGAGGAGGUCACAAAAAACCUACACACCUACAAACCUUCAAUUUCUUCAUUCUGAGUCUAAGAAAGCCCAGAUAGAAAUGGUAGAAAUCAAAUAUAUGACACACAACUAUAUGAAGCUGCAUAGUGGAUAUUUUGCUAGGUUGGGGAAUUCAAACGUUGGUAAGGUUAUGUAAAAAAAAAUAAAAAAUAAAUAAAUAUUCAUGUACCCCCCAAGAUGCCCCAAUGCCACUUGCCACUUAACACGCACAGCUCAGUGUGUCACUGAUAUAAACUGUGCACGGCAGAAUUCUCCAUGAGUCUAACAACAUUUUAUUUUUAACAUUCAUGAUUCCCUGAAAAGCCGUAAAGAAUGAAUAUUAUUUUUUUCCCCACCCUUACAUGAAUCUCUUUAACAUUUUUUGAACAUAACAAUUCACCCCAAUGAAGUGUGAAUGUAUCACAGGAAGUGAUAUAUUAUUCACAUUUCCUGUGUGAAUGUCUUUACUCUGUUGCUGCUUCAGUUGGCGCUUCGCUUGUGCACGACGACGUUCAGGAUGUUCAUGAGCUGUUUUUCUUUAUCCGAUGAAGGAGAAAAACACGCAUGUACAGUAUGUACAAGCAGGACGUUGGAGGUCGACCAUAGUUCAACAUACAGUUUAAUAUAUAGAAACAAAGAUGUAGGGCACAGUGACAACAGACACAAUUCCAGGUUACAUAAACAAUUGAACAUUGCAGCGAAUGCACCACAUAAGAUUUAUUAAUUAAAGCAUAUUGUUUUAACAUACCGUUAAAGAUUUCUUAAUACAUUUUUAAUUUAAACUUAGUUGCCAGAUUAUAAAUGUGGCAAUUGCUCCACAAAGAUUUUAAAUUGCAGAGGAGAAGAUUCAAAUCUGCGGCUAACAAUGUGACAUCACAGAAUGAUAUGCAGUAAAAUCAAUUCAUUCGAAAACAAAUAUGGUUACUUAGGUGUGCAGUUUUAUCGUUUAACCUGUAGAGGACAGUGUAAAACAGGGUAAAGAGCUGAUGGUAAAGGAAGUAAAAUGGGCUUUUGACAGACAUCAUUCAUGCUAUCACAAUUUUUGACACUUCAUUUCUCCUGUUUUUGAAAACGGUCAAAAGUGUGAGUACGUUUCUGUGGAGGAGAAAAGACACAAACCAUGUGACGCUCGGAUUUCUCUUGGUAAAUACGUUAUAUUGUUUAUCGGGAUUUAUUAGGGAGUGGGGAAUUCGAGGCAACACAUGACAAGUAUCAAGGAGAGGAGGAAGAAAAUCACACAGACUGUUGUCAUAACAACAUAUUGCAAAGAACACAAAGUACCAUCUGCUAUGAGAUUUUUAAGGCACAUGGAGCGGACAAGUCGAUAGAUAAUUAUUUCCCGGGAAUAAGACUUCAGCAGAAUGUGUGAAUUCCUUUUAAACGCUGCUUUUGGAAGCACAGAGCAAAGGUCCGGAGGAAAUGGCAAAUAUGCAUCAGCAAAACAAAAUAUAUGACAAAGAGAUGUAACCUUACAUUACAUGUCAAACAGAAAGUCAGAGUGUAGAAGAGGAAAUGAUAUAAGUCAUGGGAAAGUCCAUUUUACUUCCUGUUGUUUAAGUCCUACACUGGGAUCGAAAAGUACCAGUUGUGAGAAGAGGUUUGGAUUUCACAACGUUCUUUGAGCCAAAAUGUCCCAAUUCAUAGCUUUUACCAGCUCACACACACAUUAAUCACACACAUUCAUCUGUAUUCAAACCAGGUCCAGACUGACCUUGAGUGUUUCACCUGAAGUAUGCGCGUUGCAUCCAUUAAGUCGACGUGGUGUAAAACCAUCUCACAGCAUCAGCGUGAAGUGUCUAUUACCACCAUCUUAUUUCCUGUUUAUAUGGCAACUGCCUCAACAUCCUGUUUUUAAUUACUUCUCUCCAGCAGCAGAUGCUUCUCACAGCAACCUGCUGUGGAUUACUCCCCUGAGAACUAAUGUGCUGUGACAGACCCCACUUUUCCAAUCAAUAACUCGCCCUAAAUCUGCCAUCUCUCUGCCUGCCAAACACACUCCCACUUCUAAUGGCACAUCAUUUUCUUUAAGGGGGUGUAAUUGCAGACUGUGGAAAGCUGUAGUCCUUUGUGUUCCAGCUACGUAGAUACUGUAAAGGCAUCUGAAGCACAGAAACUACAGCCCACGGUUGACACAGGAAGUGAUGGGGGGGCUUUACACUUGUGUUCUGUCUCACCACCAUUUCCAUCACAUUGCCCUUUGAGAAAGCAUUCACUUCCCUGUUUUGGCUGUUAAAGCAAAGCGCUCCGAUAAAUUGCUGUGCCGCUUCAUAAACCUGUUGGUGCAAGCCUGACAAGAUGUUUGUUUGAUUUCUGUGUUUCAGUAUGAAGUUGGAUGUGAACAACGCCAACAUGUCAGAGGAGUACGGGGCUGUGAGGCCUGAACAGGGGCCGGCGGAGUACCGGAUGGCCGGCCUCAUCUUCUACUGCUUCGUCUUCAUCAUAGGAGUCAUAGUCAACGUCACUGCUCUGUGGGUGUUUGCUCUCACCACCAAAAAGAAGACGUCCGUCACUAUCUACAUGAUAAACGUGGCGGUGGUCGACCUCACCUUCAUCCUGCUGCUUCCCUUCAGGAUGGUUUACCACCACCAGGACUACUGGCCCUUUGGAGAUCUGUUCUGCCGAGUCAUUGCUGCGCUCACCAUCUUCUACCCUUGCAUUGCUCUCUGGCUGUUUGCUCUGAUCAGCGCUGACCGCUACAUGGCCAUAGUGCAGCCAAAGCACGGCAAAGAGCUGAGGAACAUCCCCAAGGCCGUGGUGGCGAGUUUGGGGGUGUGGCUCAUGACUUUGGGCGGCACUGUGCCCCUGCUCUUCUCUCAAUCGGACCCCGAUCGCAGCUCCAACUUCACCACGUGCAUCAAGAUGCAAGACAUCAUCCACUUACGCCACGACAACCCGGUCAACUUUGUGCGACUUAUCUUCUUUUUCCUGGUUCCCGUGUGCAUAAUGAUAGGCUGCUAUAUCACCAUAGUGGAUAAUCUGGUGCAUGGCCGCACCUCUAAGCUCAAACCUAAAGUGAAGCAGAAGUCUAUCCGGAUCAUCAUCACACUCAUCAUCCAAGUGUUGGUGUGCUUUGUGCCCUUUCAUGUUUGCUUGGUUCUCCGUUUGCUGGGAGAAUUCAAAGACGGCGGGUUUAACACCUGGGCGGUGUUCACCACCUUCCUGAUGAACAUGAGCACAGUGUUGGACAUUGUCCUCUACUACAUCGUCUCCAAACAGUUCCAAGACCGGGUGAUCAGUGUGAUUCUGUACAGGAACUAUCUGCGAAGUGUGAGACGGAAAAGCAGGCACACACACACCGGCAGCAUCCGAACAAUGAGCAACCUGACCAGUGCCAUGAUAUGAAGCAAAGCAGUAUGUACUGAAUAUGUGUAUAUGGACAGGCAAAGUUUCUACAAACAGACACUUUUCAUUCCUUAUUGACAUGUCCACAGAUAGUGAUAGUGUUUUAACUGCUUGUGGGGCUUUUUUUUUUUAGCAAAUUAGAGCGAAAUUAAAUAUUUCCUGCAUAUUCAUAAGCAGGUUGUGUGUGUUUAUAUUGAUACGUUUAAUAUGAACUUGCUUUUCCGUGAUCCAGUGUUUUGGUCUUUAGCUUUGGUGUGUUGCUUGGCAGAUGUCUCGUAAUGUUUAAACACCACAACCAAUGUUUUGAGAACUUAUACCUCACUUGGGAAAUGUUGAUGUACGUAUUCUGUUCAUGUGGCAGAUUUCGCAACAUGGGGGUGGGGGGUGGGGGUCGGACAAAUGCAACAUUUCUCUUGGUUUGCGUAAACGUUUAAUUAUAAUACAAUGCCAU